AUGAGCUUAUCGAACGAAGAGCUCUGGCACUUAAUAGAAAACCAAGACAAUGAUGCCUUGAAUAAACUCAUGGGAGUACAAGGAAUAGCUAGAAUGCUUGACACAGAUUUAAAGAAAGGAAUAAAUUCUACCACAAUUCAAAGCAGAAUCUCAAAAUUUGGUUCAAACCAGCUCCCAGAUAGGCCAAUACGUUCUUUUUGGAGCAUGUUGAACGAGGCACUUAAAGAUGGAACAGUCCGUAUUUUGAUUGUAUGUUCCAUUCUUUCGCUUGUAUUAGAAUUUAUGUUUGCACCAGAGGAAGAAAAAUCUACUGCCUGGAUUGAUGGAGCUGCUAUUUUCGCAGCUGUUGUAAUCGUUACUGUUGUUCAAGCCACUCAAAACUUAAAACAAGAGCAGCAAUUUGCUGCCGUAAACAGAAUCAAAUCAAUUUACGAUGUAGCUGUUAUUAGAGAUGGCGAAAUUCAUCAAAUACAAAAUCAUCAGCUUGUUGUUGGCGAUAUUGUCGAAAUACAACAAGGAGACUGCAUACCAGCAGAUGGUCUUGUUAUUACAUCAGAAAACCUUAAGAUUGACCAGUCCACAGCAAAUGGUGAGUCGGAAGCUAUCGUAAAGAGCGAAAAGGAUCCAUUUUUAAUCAGUAAUACGCAUGUUGUAGAAGGUUGCGGUACUUUUUUGGUCAUUUGCGUUGGUCUCAACUCUCAUCAUGGAAGAAUUUUCGCUUUAAUCAACUCCGAAAUCGAAGAAACUCCAUUACAGGUCAAGCUGGAAGCACUUGCCGAAAAGAUUGGCCUGGUCGGUAUCAUCGUUGCCAGCUUAACCUUCAUUGCAUUACUAAUUCAGUGGAUUAUCAGUCAAGUUAAGUUUGGAUUCGAAUGGGCUCACUGCAGAGAACCUCUUACAUACUUUGUUAUCUCAAUUACUAUUGUUGCAUGUGCUGUUCCUGAAGGUCUUCCUUUGGCUGUUACAAUUUCAUUGGCAUAUUCAAUGAAUCAGAUGAUGGCUGAUAACAACUUCGUUCGUAGACUCAGUGCUUGUGAAACAAUGGGCUCUGUUACAGUUAUUUGUUCAGAUAAGACAGGUACUCUUACAGAAAACAAGAUGAACGUUGAAAGAAUAGCCAUUGGACCAAUAUUCCUCAAUGUACCUGACUUAGACAGCUCAAAUAUUGAUGAAGAGCUUCUUUUGCUCAUAAGAAAAUCAAUUUCAAUCAAUACUCAAGCAGUUUUGACAGACCAAGGCUCAAUUGGAUCCCAAACAGAGUGUGCAUUACUUAGAUUUGUCAGUCGCAUCCAUGGCAACUACCAACAACUAAGAAUUGCCUUUCCUCCUGUUAUCAGAUUCUUAUUUGACAGAGAUCGUAAGAGAAUGUCAACAGUUAUACCAUGGAAUGGCAUGUACAGGACAUUUGUCAAAGGUGCACCUGAUGAAAUCAUCAAACUCUGCACAAAUUUCGUCCUUCCUGGUGGAAAACUCAUCACAUCUCCUGUUUCUGAUGAUUUUAAGCAGCAAUUCAUGAUUGCUGUUAACUCUGAAGGUGAGAAAACAUAUAGAACGCUAUCAUUAGCAUACAAAGACACUCAUGAUUUACCACAAACAUGGGAAGAUGCCGAGAAAGACCUUACUCUUCUCUGCACAGUAUCUAUAAGAGAUUCCAUUCGUCCAACAACCAUUUCUUCCAUUGACCAAUGCAAGAAAGCCGGAAUUAAAGUCAUAAUGAUCACAGGUGACCAUUCAACAACCGCCGAAGCCGUUGCAAAAGAAUGCGGAAUCUUAGUUCCAGGAACAAGAGUCAUUCUCGGCAGCGAAGUCCGUAAAAUGGCCAAAAGUGACUUAAUUGCAGCUCUUCCAACAAUUUCUGUUGUUGCAAGGUCAUCACCCAUGGACAAGCACUUGAUUGUUUCCGCUCUCAAAGCUGCAGGAGAAUCAGUUGCUGUCACAGGUGAUGGAACAAACGAUGUUCCUGCAAUGAUGGCAGCGGAUGUCGGUUUGUCAAUGGGUAAAUGUGGUACAGAACUAGCGAAAGAAGCAUCAGACAUUGUUGUCUUGGAUGAUGAUUUCAGAUCAAUUGUAAAAGCUGUUGUUUGGGGAAGAUGCGUUUAUAAUAACAUCAGAAGAUUCUUACAAUUCCAAUUGACAGCUAACGUUGUGACACUUUUUGUAUCGUUUUUGUCAGCUGCUAUUUUGAAUGAGACACCAUUCAAAGCUGUCCAAUUAUUAUGGGUUAAUUUGAUUAUGGAUUCUUUAGGAGCUUUAGCACUUGCAACAGGAAGACCUGAUGAAUCAUUAUUGAGACAAAAACCUGAGAAGAAAGAUGCACCUUUAAUUGAUAGUUUCAUGCUAAAGAAUAUCAUUGGACAAAGUGUUUUGCAGAUAUUGUUGAUUGGAUAUGUUUUGUUGUUCCCUUACCAGGCUGAACAAUAUUCUAUGAAGCAUUACACGUUUUUGUUCAAUGUUUUCGUUUUGUGCCAAGACUUUAAUUUGGUUAAUGCAAGAGUUUCAUCAAAGAAGAUGAAAGUUACUGAUGGAAUUCAAGAUAACUAUUUGUUCUUCAUAAUUCAAAUUGGUAUCAUGAUUGUCCAGAUUUUGUUGAUCCAAAUUGCUGGUGUUUACAUUUAUUGCGCCCCAAUGACAAUGAUUGAAUGGAUUUACUCAACAUUUUUAGCUGCUUUGACAUUGCCAAUGGGCGCAUUCUUAAGAGCUGUUCACUUCGAAAACUAUAUAGACAAGAUUACAAGUAGAAGAGGUGCAAAUAGAAACUUCGAACAAUUAUAA